AUGGAUCUCGCUCAAGCUGUCCGCCAGAAGCGCCUCAAGGCCGGUACUGCCUGCACCAACUGCCGUCGCAAGAAGCUGCGGUGCACAGGCACCCCCAACUGCGUUCGAUGUGUCACCCACAAAUUGGACUGCAUAGUCGAUGAGGCCCUGUUCCUGAAGACAAACUCCAACCCCCUUGGCAAACCCUCCCGUUCAAACCGUUCUCAACAACGCACCAAGAGCCUCAACAACAACCCCAACGACAGCAACAACAAUAACUCACAAACAGCAUCGUCCAAUCGAAAGAAAAGUCACCAUGGCUCUAUCUCGUCGUCCUACUCUGGCGAUGAAAUGAUGGACAGUAGAAUGUCGCCCGACUUUUUGUCCGAUCGUCGAAUGUCGACCAGCAGCUCCACAAGCUUCUCAAGUCUUAGCCCCUCCCCUUCCCCUGCCUACACCUACAACUAUUCACAUGCUGACAGCAUUAAUGGCAGUAGCAACAGCAUCUUCAAAUCUUCCUCCCCCAUGUCAGAUCACCACUCUUCAUCCAAAAACAACGCCUCUUCCCACAACAGCAACUUUUCCUCAUCCUAUCGAUCCGAAUCAGGGGUUGGCCCUCUCGACUCUCUUCCCUCCUCAUCUCCCAAACACUACUCUUCCUCUUUCCCCUCCACGUCAUCCUACAUGGACCCUGGUUCCUCCCUGUCAUCUUCAUUGCAUAACGGCAUGAACGUGAACAAGAAGCGAGCCUCCAAGGACCAAGAGACGACGAGCAAGCCCAAGCAGAAGCGGAGAGAUGACUCUCAUGGCGAUCGCGACAGUGAUCCUGGUUCCCAUUCUCCUUUUCUUGCGCCCAACGACUCUUCUUCUUACUCCUCACCAUCCUCUUCCAAGGUUCCCUCCUCGUCGUCUUCUUCCUCGACGAAAAAUAUUCACAACAAUGGAGAAGAUUUCAAGUCUGUUGUGAGCACGAUGAGCCUGGAUGGUCAUGGUCAGCAGUAA